UGUGUAACCUCGCGCGAUGACCUAUGGUGGUGGAUCUGGCGAACUGGACACCCUCUCAUCUCCAGCUACGAGUAUCGUGAGUCAAAGGACCAAUUCCCUGUCGUGGAGGACUGUAUCAAGCGAGGUUUUGGGUUGACUGCUUCGUCACUGUUGGGUGAGAUACAGCGACACGGAACUCAUGGGCCGGAUGACAGCAAACUCGGCCAAACCAUUUGGGUCGACUUUCCGUUAAUGAUCUGGGAGACCACCGCAAUGUUGGCCCAACGAGAGUCAGCUGGCGCAAUUAGGACCAGAUUUGAGUCAGUGGAGGCCUAA